UCUUCUCUCCCUGGUGGAAAGUUAGCGUCGGCUGCCUCUCGACGCGCUGACAAGUCAGCAGAGCGAAGAAGAGACAGAAAAGGCGCAAUGGAUGUCGACUCUGUUGAGGAAACUACAACACCCACAAGCCCUCCUCUCGGCCCGACCAAGCGUGAAGGGUAUGUGCUGCGCCAAACGCUACAAGGGCAUACUCGUUCAGUCUCAUCGCUGUCCAUAUCUCCGCAUGGAAUGCUGCUGGCAAGUUCUGGCUCCGAUCGCACCAUCAAGAUCUGGAACCUUGCCAGCGGGAGCUUGAAGUUUACCCUGAAGGGACACAAGCUGGGUGUCAAUCAGGUGGCUUGGAGCGGCGAUGGACGCUACGUUGCAAGCGCGAGCGAUGACAGGACUGUGAGAGUCUGGGACUGCGAUACGGGUGCCCAAGUUCGCCUUCUGCAGGGGCACACAUCGUACGUCUUUUGUCUGGCCUACAAUCUUCAGUGCAGUCUGAUCGUCUCGGGAUCUUUCGAUGAGACUAUUAGGCUUUGGGAUGUCAAGCGCGGAAUUUGUCACAAGACCAUACCGGCACAUUCAGAGGCGGUGACUGGUGUGGACUUUAAUAGGGAUGGAGACCUCAUCGUAAGCUGUUCCUAUGAUGGUCUCUUACGCUUGUGGGACACUUCAACAGGAACGUGUCUAAAAACACUAGUGCAUCGGGACAAUGCUCCACUCUCUCACGUCAAGUUCACGCCAUCAUCUUCUCAAAUCCUUGCCUCUUCGCUAGACAACACCAUCCGUCUUUGGGACAUUCCCAAUUCUCGUGUGCUCAAGACGUAUACGGGGAAUGGCUAUACGAAUGGGAAAUUUGCUUGCGCAGCAGAUUUCACUGCACCUCGGGAGCUGCCCGCGUCGACAUCGGUCGGAGGGCAAGGCACGGAUGAAGAUCCCAGAAAGCAAGAGAUGAGGAAGAGGGGGCUGAAGCAAAUAUUCGUCGUCGCGGGGAGCGAGGACCAAAGAGUGUACGUGUGGGACUUGCAGUCCAAGAAAGUUGAUCAGAUUCUGGUUGGGCAUAGAGACGUUGUCAUUGCGAUUGCUGCGCAUCCCACGCUCGACAUCAUCGCCUCGGCAAGCAUGGACCAUGAUCCUUCAAUAAAGAUCUGGAGUCUCGAUGACAUCCCAAUCAAGUCCGAGACGUAGUGAAUGGAGGUUGCCAAUCUCCUUCCGUCUGAAUAUCAAGGCUGUCCAGGACACACCAAUCCUGCAUUCGCGGCCUCUCUGGCUGGUGUCGGAGCGUCCGACCCCUGCUCUUGCGCGCCGGCUGUCGCCAGUAGCAGCAAUUUGACUGUUCUCCGACAUCUUCAUCACAAAGAAAGAUGGCACCCCAAGUAUGGCCAACCUCGAUACCAGGAAAAUGGCGGACACAACCAGGACUCGGGGCCCAGACACAGCAGGCACGUCAUCGCACUUAAUGUACCCGCAGG